AUGACCGGGCCGACCGGGGCUGUCAACCAACAGGCUGUCAAUCCAAUGAAGACUGUAAUGGUACCAUUUACAAGGAAGAGAAAUGUUGACAUCGCUAGAGUACCAACUCUCUUCGGUAUUCAGAUCCAGGUUAAGAGGGAGUUCAAGUACCUAGGAAUAAGGCUGGACGACAAGCUCACCUGGAACAGCCAUUUGGCACAUAUAACGCAACGUUCUCAGACCACACUUAUGAUGAUGAGGCGGGCUGUUGGGAAGACCUGGGGUCUAAGUCCACAAAUGACUAACUGGCUAUACACUAGGGUCGCAAGACCGAUGAUGGUGUAUGGCUCGGUGGUCUGGUGGACCAAGGUAAUGCAAACUACCGCUGUAAAGAGACUACAAAAGAUCCAGCGAGUAGCAUGCCUUAGCAUCACAGGAGCCAUGAGAGGCACUCCAACUGCAGCCCUGGAAGUAGUGCUAAACCUGCCACCUCUCGACAUCAUUGUGAAAGGAGAGGCAAGGAUGGCAGCCUACAGAAUGGCUUGUAGUGGCAACUGGAAGUAUAAUGCCUCCAGUGAGCACACAAGAAUUGUAGACAAGGUGCAAAAGAACUCAUUGGAAAUGCUACCAGACAGGAUGGUGAAGAUCACAGAUCUAGAAAAACCAUACAAUGUCAACAUUGUUGACAGGGAUGCCUGGAAUAAGGGUGAACCUGAAUUCAUGAAAAGGGGGAUCACCUGGUAUACGGAUGGCUCAAAAAAGCCAACGGGCACGGGGGCUGGAAUAUAUGGAGUCAGACCCAAGGUGCAGUUAUGCGUAAGUUUGGGAAAAAUGGCCACUGUAUUCCAGGCAGAAGUGGUGGCCCUGUCUGAGUGUGCGAGAGUGUGUUUGAAGCGCGGUCUUAUAGGUCACACUAUAUACAUGAACUCAGACAGCAAAGCAGCACUAAUGGCACUUGACAGUUUCGACUUUACCUCCAAGGCUGUAUGGGACUGUCAUCAAGCCAUGAAAGCCCUGGGAAAGACCAACAGGAUCAUCCUUAGUUGGGUUCCAGGGCACAAAGGUAUUGCUGGCAAUGAGGGAGCUGACAAGUGGGCAAACAAAGGAGCUGAAAGCCCGCUCAUGGGUCCAGAGCCGACGUGUGGUAUUGCUUACAACACAGCACGGAGAGCUGUUCGCCAGUGGAUGGGCAUAGAACAUCAAAGGAACUGGGAAAGAACAGAAGGAAAUGUACAGUCAAAGAGAAUGCUGAAGGCACCUACAGGUGCGAUAGCGGCAGAAGCCCUUGGGCUGAGUAGGAAGACCCUGCGGAAGGUGGUUGGCUUUAUUAGCGGCCAUUGGGUAUUCCGUGGACAUUUACACAAGAUGGGAAUUCAAGUUGAAAGCCUCUUAUGUAGGAAAUGUGGAGAGGAGGAGGAGACAGCAUUCCACACUCAAAAAGACUUGUCUCUUGUCUCCAAGUUUCUCAUUCAUAUGGGAAACAGAAAACACUGUAUUUUGUCUCCAGGAACACGGAGAUUUGUCUGCCAACAGUCACCCAAUAAUCUGGAGACAUCGCAGAUACAAAAGGCAGCUUUACCGAAACAGUCGGCCGUCAAUGUUUACGGAGACAAAUCGCCAAGUGUGGACUAG